AUGUCGACGUGGGGUGAUUAUUUCCGGGUGACGACCUAUGGCGAAUCCCACUGCCGCUCAGUAGGCUGCAUCGUCGAUGGCUGCCCUCCAGGCAUGGCUCUCACCGAGGCCGACAUCCAACCUCAAAUGACCCGUCGCCGUCCCGGCCAGAGCGCUCUCACCACCCCCCGCAAUGAAAAGGACAGAGUCGAGAUUCAGUCCGGUACUGAGUAUGGCUACACCCUCGGCACGCCAAUUGCGAUGAUUGUGCGCAAUGAGGAUCAGAGACCAAAGGAUUACGGCGGCAGUACGAUGGACCUGUACCCCAGGCCCAGCCAUGCGGAUUACACCUAUUUGGAGAAAUAUGGAGUCAAGGCUAGCAGUGGAGGUGGUCGUAGUAGUGCUCGCGAGACCAUCGGACGAGUCGCCGCCGGCGCCAUCGCAGAGAAAUACCUCAAAAUCGCCCACAACGUCGAGAUCGUCUCCUUCGUCUCCUCAGUCGGAAACGAGCAUCUCUUCCCGCCCUCACCCGAACACCCAUCCUACUCCACGAAUCCUGAAUUCUUGAAAAUGAUUGAAACUAUCGACCGCGAAACAGUCGACAAGUUCGCGCCUGUCCGAUGCCCCAAUACAGAGGCUUCUGAGCGUAUGACCAAAGUCAUUGAGACCUUCCGUGACAACCACGAUAGUAUUGGAGGGACAGUUAUGUGCGUUAUCAGAAACGUCCCCAUCGGCCUUGGAGAGCCCGCAUUCGAUAAGCUAGAGGCCAAACUCGGACACGCCAUGAUGAGCAUUCCCGCCACUAAGGGGUUCGAAAUCGGCUCGGGCUUCGGCGGCUGCGAAGUGCCCGGCUCAAUCCACAAUGACCCUUUUGUUGCUGCUCCGGAGGUUGCAGAGAACAAAGCCGGUGCUGGAAUCGCGAACAAGGCUAGACUUACCACCAGCUCAAAUAAUUCCGGUGGUAUUCAAGGUGGUAUCUCUAACGGAGCUACCAUCUACUUCCGUACAGCAUUCAAGCCCCCCGCUACUAUUGGUCAGGCGCAGACUACGACUACCUAUGCGCUCGAGGAAGGUGUGCUAGAGGCUAAAGGCCGUCAUGACCCAUGCGUUGUGCCGAGGGCUGUGCCCAUUGUGGAGGCCAUGGCUGCGCUUGUGGUGAUGGAUGCAUUGAUGGCACAGAACGCGAGAGAGGCGUCGAGGAGUUUGCUGCCGCCUUUGCCAAAGGGCUUGCCUAUAAAGCCAGAGACGGAGACUUCAAAUGGGAAUUAG